GAGCCGUCACCGUCGCUGACGAGUGUGGUGGCGCUGGUAGAUACGACUUAAGCGUGUCAGUUAACUGAACUCAAGUUUAGUGAAAUUUAACGAACUUUGUACCGAUUGGUCAAUUUUCAAUUCAAUCUCCAAGCCGUAUUCUGAUACGGGAUUUAGGCUGAGUCCGUUUCAUGCAGCGAAUGCUUAGAUGAUGCCUGAACCGAACCUUAUUUUGGGUAGAAGAAUCGAAGCAUUGUUCGGACGAGCCUUUGUUCCACAAUAAUCACAAAAUGAGCGAAUAGUUAUUGUUUAUUCAUCACUCAUGAACAUCGCGAACAAUCUUGAAAACUGAGAUUUUUCUAUUGGUUUAUCGUAACGAGCAUCAGACACACCGUGUGUCUUCCGUUAGACAAGGCGGCUCUAGACUCAACGAUUAAAUUUGCAAUAUAAACGUGGCACAUAAUUUAUGAUAACGUGUGUAAGAUGCAACAUCUUUUAGACGAAGAUAAGAUCGUACAAUGUCCGUUCAACAAGAAUCAUACCCUGCCCAAAUCACGUCUCCAACGACACAUUGUAAAGUGUGAAAAGAACUACGAGCCAAAUUACAAAGUCAUCUGUCCGUACAAUGCGACUCAUCGUCUGAGCAGAUCCGAGAUUGCGGAGCAUAUUAAGACAUGUCCCACAAAGAACGUCGUCGAGGCCAGUCAUAUUGAACGAACAAUUACUCUUGAUUCAGCUAGAUGGAAAAAUGAAGGCAACAGUAGUUUCACAAGUACAUUUGAAGAUGAUUGGGAAGGACAAAUGGGAGUAUCCGGGAAUACUUCGAGGUUUUCAUACAUGAAUCAAAGUGAUGAAUCUGAACUAGACGACAGAGAGUCGUUUGUUGGCUCAGUGGGCUUGGGACGAGGUCGACUAAUAGCUAGACGUGAGAAUUUUGUUGGGAAACUUAACUAUCCAGAAGGAUAUUACAAAUACUAAACUAUAUAACAUGAGUCUGAUGAAAAAAAAAAUUGGGGUAGCAACUACUUCUCUGUGUCUCUCUCUCACAAACUUGCUUUUAUUUCUCAAAAUAAAAAUGAUUUAGUUGCCGUCGUCAGUUGUACUUAAAUAUUUUCUUACUAACAAUUUUGUUGUAUUUCACCCAAAUACUUUUUUGUUUCGCGUUUAAUUUUCAUUUAUUUCUAUAUUUUACAUCAAUCUCCUAAUAUUUACAAGUACCAUCUCGAAUACUUCUCCACAUGAAUUAAAAGAUUACACUAGCAUAUAUGCAGAAGACAUAUCAAAUAUUAUUACAAAUGUCAAUCAAAGUGGACGAACAUAUUUUUGAGUUUAUAUACAAAUAGCAUAUUUUUCAUUUCAUCAAUACGUUCUUAAAUAUACUCCUCUUUUGUUUACUUUUUCAAUUUUAAGUUAUCAUCAGUUCACAUGGUAUACGAAAGAUUAUUGUAUGAUGGUUUUGAAUACAAUACGUACUAAGAUCCUUAAGUUUUGUAUCAAGUCCAUUAUCCUAGGCUGUGACAAGUGCCAAAAAGUAUAAGAAAUAACAUGUAACUUCACCACCGAAGAAUAAUCACCUACCUAAAUCUAGUUACUUAAGAAUUUAGCAUUA